AUGGUAUAGAAACUGGAUAUGACGAAUUACACCUUUCUGUACACAAGCCAGGAUUUGAGUUGUCACUUAACCAGUGGUGAGGGUUGUGGGAACACAACAUAUCCAGGACUAGAUUGUAAAACAGACGGUCAAUCAGUAUUUUACAAUUGCGAAUUAAAUAUUGAUAUUCAAAAUGAAACACUCUACAGUUGCAUUGCAUGUAUCAAUGAUACGAUGGACUUUAUUAACGGUAGUUUAUGUAACAUUGGAUUCAAGUUGAACAUGUACACGGUGGUCUUCGGGAGUGCUUUAAAGAGCCUGUGGGUACGACUGCCGUAUUAUGACAUUUGUGAUUGGGACACCUUGCUGUGUUAUAGUGAGAAUUUUAAUCGAACGUUGUACAUUGACGUUGGUAAUAGCAGUAUUGUAAAUAAUAUAGUCGACAGUUUUCAAUGUGGUUGGAACUUUCGUAACGCAUCGGGCGAUCCAGUAGGAAGCAAAACGGGAUAUGAUUGGAGUUUUCUAUUUGUGAUAUUAUUUAUAGUAGCGGGUGGAGUUGGUAAUAUAUUGGUCUGUUUGGCUGUGUGCUUGGAUAAAAGAUUGCAGAAUGUGACAAAUUAUUUUCUGCUGUCGCUGGCGAUAGCGGAUCUGCUUGUCAGCUUGUUCGUGAUGCCAAUGGGGGCAAUACCUGGAUUUUUAGGAUACUGGCCGCUCGGUGUGGUAUGGUGCAAUGUGUAUGUCACCUGCGAUGUGCUGGCCUGCUCUGCUAGCAUCAUGCACAUGUGCUUCAUCAGUAUCGGCAGGUAUUUAGGCAUACGGAACCCGUUGAAGAGCAGACAUCACUCCACCAAGAGGGUGGUGCUUAUCAAGAUAGCGCUCGUCUGGUUGCUCAGUAUGUUCGUGUCAAGUUCUAUCACAGUUUUAGGUCUUAUAAAUCGCUCCAAUAUAAUGCCAACUCCAGAGCUAUGUGUAAUCAACAAUCGUUUCUUCUGGAUCUUUGGCUCUCUGGUCGCAUUCUAUAUCCCCAUGCUGACGAUGGUGGUCUCGUUUGCGCUGACCGUCCAACUGCUGAAGAGGCAGGCGAGGUUAGCCGCCACUCCCGUGCCUGGUGGAAUGCAGAGAAGGCAAUGUGGAGGAUUUGACAACACUCCUAUACAAGGAGGCCGGCGAUCAGGCACUAGGAGUUCACCAGACUUAUCGCCCAACAACUCAGUAUCAAGACAGCUGACAUGGCGAGUCACUAGUACCAGGGCGUCACGUAACAAAGUGAGCAUGGGUGGAUCACAUCCUCAACUGAGUUAUAUGAAUGGCUGCGGAGGUGGCGGCGGAUCAGGGGGAUCUAGAAGAGGUCGAGAUGUCGCCACUCAAACUCCUCUCAGCAUAGCAGCAGAGACAAGAAGAGCGAGGCUUAGACCGCUCAAGUUAACCCUGGCAACUCCUAACGCGUUAACUUUGAGAUUCCUGGCCAACAGAAAGAAAGGAAGAUCACUAUCAGCGAAUGCGGUGGCAAAUGAACAGAAGGCAACCAAGGUCCUAGGACUAGUGUUUUUUACAUUCGUGCUAUGUUGGGCGCCCUUCUUCUUAUUAAACAUGUUGUUUGCUUCGUGUCCUGCUUGUAUAGUUCCAGAACAUGUGGUAGACAUCUGCCUGUGGCUGGGCUACGUGUCGUCCACUAUAAAUCCGAUCAUCUACACUGUCUUCAACAGGACCUUCAGGGGGGCGUUCCUGAGGCUGCUGAGAUGUCACUGUAACAGACGGGGCCGCUGCACCCGCUACCACUCAGUUGGGUCAACUCGUGGGGCGUCCCAGCUAUGUGCUAGGUCUGCCCUACCUCUUGCUAUCUCGCUGCGUCCAUCAGCUAUGCAAGCCGCCUCUCCUGCUGGCCAGGAGACCACGGAAACUGUGCUUAUAGAGACUCCAUUGAGUGACUAUAAUGUGAGGUAUUAGAGCGUAUGAAUAUAUACAAAUCAGUAUUUAUUUGUGUAAAAUUGUAUUGAUAUUUCGUAGUGACUUCAGAUGACGGUUCUUUGAGAAUACUGAGAUACAUUUUAAUGUUUAAUAUUUUCUGGUUACCUACCGAUUUCUAAUAAGUAUAGUAAAUAUAAAAAUUUUCUGUGGU